CAGGUAUAAUUGCUCCUAUAGCUCAUUGCUGUCUUGUUAAGAUGCUGGAGGGGAAGGCUGUGGUGCGCGAGACGGACAUGCCAGCGCAGAUGCAGAGCCAUGUCAUGGAAUUAGCUUACCAGGCUCUUGAUGUACAUGAACCCUCUGAUUGUCAAUCAAUCGCUUGUUACCUCAAACAGAAAUUUGAUGAAGCUUAUGGUCCGGCAUGGCACUGUGUGGUUGGCAAGGAAUUCGGGUCUUGCGUUACACACUUGUUAGGAAGUUUCAUUUUCUUCCAUGUAGAGAUGAUUGAGUUUCUCAUCUUCAAGGAUGGCAACAACUUCAUGGAAAGCAAAGAGGAAGCAGUGGGAGUUAUGCAGAAAGCUAGCCAAGAAAAGUCAUGAACCAUGAAAAAUCUACAAUAAUUAUGCUAGUUGAGAGAAUCUUCCUUACAGCAAAACCUUGUGUAUCUAAUUGUGCUUUAUCUCAGUAAAAAAUUAGCAUGUUUUUUAUUAGUUUAUUGAAGAUGUGAAUGUUCUGUCUGAAGUCUGAACUAGCAGAACUUUCCUCCUGGUUUUGUAUGUGUUAUUGUGUCUGAUUGUGGCUAAGCUAGCUGCUAGCCUUCAAUUUCUAACAAUGGUGGUUGGU